AUGACAACAGCUCGAUUACUUCGAUAUGCUUCAUUUCUAUCUGGAUUCAAUUAUAAGUUGAAAAACAAAUCAGGAGAUGAAAAUGAAAAUGCUGAUUGUUUAUCUCGAGCACCUUUGUCUCAAGACUCAAGAUCAACUGAUAUGAAGAUAAAUGAAGAAGUUCACCUUCUGUAUGCUGAGUCACUUUUCCAAAUUUCUUCAACUGCUAUCACGAAUCAGACCAUUGCAAGUGCAACAUUAAACGAUUCUCAUCUCAAAUCUCUUAUGAAAACUCUACAAACAAGCAACGAAGACACACCCUACACCCUUCUUGAUGGAAUUCUCUUUUGGCAAGAUCGAGUUGUCAUUCCACAGAGCCUUAAAAAUUCAAUUUUGAGAGAACUUCACACAACACAUAUCGGUAUAACAAAAAUGAAACAACUUGCAAGGCGGUAUGUGUACUGGGAAGGGAUGAACCAUGACAUAGAAGACCUAGUUAGAUCUUGUGAAAUCUGUGCUAAGCUCCGUAACAACCCCCCGAAGGUGAUAGUACACCCGUGGGAUCAGCCUCACUCCAAUUGGGAACGUCUACAUAUAGACUAUGCAGGUCCUUUCGAGGGUCAUCAUUUUCUAGUUGCCAUUGAUGCCAAGUCAAAAUGGGCAGAGGUCCGAGUCAUGAGACAUUCUCCUACAACUGAAACAACAAUACACACACUUCAAGAAAUAUUUUCAUUCCAUGGCUACCCCAAUUCAUUGGUCACCGAUAAUGCAUCAAUUUUCACAAGCGAUGUAAUCAAAGCCUUCUGUAUUGAUCAUGGUAUUACCCAAAAAUUUAUUGCCCCAGGCCAUCCAGCUACAAAUGGAUUAGCCGAAAGAAAUGUUCAAACUGUGAAGAAACGUUUAAAAUCAAUGGCAAGUGAAAAGGGCACCAUGCCAGAAAAGGUCAGGAAAAUGCUUUUAGAUUAA